CGCAUGUAGCCUGUUUAUUUAUACUAUAGUUUGUAUGUAUAAAAUGUGUUUUAAAAAGCUAAAAGAUUAAAAAAAUAAUAAUUAAUUUAUGCUUCGGAGCAUGCACGACGUCGCCCAGUAGACCUCGUUUUCGGUGGUGACGUAAAGACGUAUAAAUCAGUAUUUUAAAAAGCAUCACCUGUCUCCAGGUGAUGUGUGGCGCUAUUCGGGGGAACGUCAGCAUGUCCUCACCCGGUUUUACUGACAUCUUUCAUUGCGAAGACACUCAGCAGUCAAAGGGGCCGCUCUCAUACAUUGAUGAUGGGCUAAACGAUAGUUUGGAUGGGAGUUCAACUGAGCUGACUGAUGUCUUCGAGGAGGAUUUCUGUGAGGGUGAUCUCUGGAUUCCUCCCAAUGAUGAUUUGACGCACAAAAUUGCUGCCCAGCUGGAGAACUACCUUUCUGACCAGAAUCUGGCAGAUGAUGCUUUUCUCCUCAAACAUGUUCAAAGAAACAAGAUGGGUUACGUCAGUUUAAAGCUGCUGACGUCUUUCAAGAAGAUUAAGGAUCUGACGCGUGACUGGCGCACCACGCUUGCGGCUGCAAGAAGGUCUCCGCAGCUGGAAGUGAACGAGAUGGCGACCAAAGUGCGGCGAAGGACCCCGGUACCCGACUGGCUCCUGUGCAUUCCCACGAGCAAGCUGCUUCUGGCCUGGAACUUCCUAGACGGCGCAGGGCCGGUCAAAGACGAGGUAAACGGCUCGCCGGGCGUGGAGCAGCUAGGCAUCAUGGAAGCCGCGAUGCGCGUGUUCUCUCCCUACGGCACCAUCUCAUCUCUCCGCAUCCUGCGGCCGGGAAAAGAGAUCCCUACGGAGUUGAAGCGCUACACUAAGAAGCACCUGGAGCUGGGGCGUAAAGCGUGUGCUGUGGUGGAGUACGAGUAUCUGGAGGGCGCGCGCAGGGCCUACGAAGCCCUGAAGGCGGAAGAGCAGCAGCAGGGAGGAAGGGGCGUCUGCGUGGUCCUGCUGGGAAGCCGCGGCACCCGUAAGCCGGGAUGGAGUCAGGGUCUAGCGGAGGAAGAGUCCGAAGAAGGCGUCGACGGCGAGAGUUCGAAAAAGCCGAACAGGAAGUCCAGGCGCUUCCUGUAUUCUCUGGAGGAUUCGGCUGUUUGCAGCUCUUCGGAGUCCGACUUCGCCCCUGCUUCGCCCCGGCCCAUCCGCAGGGUCUCCCGUCCUCAAGCCCUCUACGGCAGCCCCCUCGCCGUCCCGCGAAUAUCGCCUUUCCGCUCGGACCCGUACAGGAAUCCCCUGGGCAGUCCCGUAGGAAGCCCUCUCCUGCCUCGUAAGCUUUUUCCUUGCGGUCACGUGACCUCUCCUCUGGCCGCCCAUCCGUUCAGCAGCUCGCCCGCCGGAGCUGGUUCGUACUCCUCCGGCAGACACAAGGGCUCGGGUGAGCUCUCCCAAGACGACUCGGUCUUCGCCGGCAGCCCCUGGGUCCAGAGACGCAAGCACGCCGCCCAGGUCAUUCAGCCCGAGAUGGGCGACUCCGCGGCACCCGUUCAGACGAGCGUCUCGGUCGUUCGCCAGCCUGUCGGCCCCGACGGGACCAGAGGCUUUCAUAACUGCAUCGGUCGAGGGAAGGUGCUGCUACCACACUGAAGAAGGUGCACUACAAGGUCUUUUUCCUCACUCGGUCUGUAUGAGAGCGGUGCAACAGAAGUACUUUUAAAGCAACGUGAUUUCCUGUUAGUGAAAAUGGAAAUAAUGUAAAAGAAAAAAAAAGUAAUUAUUGAAAUAAAGAUGAAUUUGUACUCUAA